GGGGGGGCCGAGCGAAGGGGUUGGAAGCGAGUGAUUCCCCACCCCUGCUCCAUCUAGCUCUUUCCAGUGCAGCCACUGCCGCCGCCCAGGAGCCCUCGUCCCCUUGCUCGUCCCCCUCCUCGUUCCCGCUCCCACGCCAUGGAGCCGGACACCGCCGCAGUGGCAGCCACCGUGGCAGCCUCUGAUGCGACCGCCACGAUCGUGGUCGUAGAGGACGAGCAGCCGGGGCCGUCCACCUCUAAGGAGGAGGGAGCGGCCGCCGCGGCCGCCGCGGCCACCGCGGCCACCGAAGCCACCGUGGCCACGGAGAAGGUCGAGAAGAAGAAGGAGAAAAACGUUUCUCCAUUUCAACUUAAACUUGCUGCUAAAGCUUCUAAAUCUGAAAAGGAGAUGGAUCCAGAAUAUGAAGAGAAAAUGAAAGCAGAUCGAGCAAAGAGAUUUGAAUUUUUACUGAAGCAGACAGAACUUUUUGCACAUUUCAUUCAACCUUCAGCACAGAAAUCUCCAACAUCUCCUCUAAACAUGAAAUUGGGGCGCCCUCGAAUAAAGAAGGAUGACAAGCAGAGCUUAAUUUCUGCCGGAGACUACCGUCACAGGCGCACAGAACAAGAAGAAGAUGAAGAGCUUCUCUCGGAGAGUCGGAGAACAUCUAAUGUGUGUGUUAGAUUUGAGGUAUCACCUUCGUACGUGAAAGGGGGACCACUGAGAGAUUAUCAGAUUCGAGGACUGAACUGGUUGAUCUCUUUGUAUGAAAAUGGAGUCAAUGGUAUUUUGGCCGACGAAAUGGGUCUUGGUAAGACUUUACAAACGAUUGCUUUGCUUGGUUACCUGAAACAUUACCGAAACAUUCCUGGACCUCACAUGGUUUUAGUUCCAAAGUCUACUCUACACAACUGGAUGAAUGAAUUUAAACGAUGGGUCCCAUCUCUUCGUGUUAUUUGUUUUGUUGGAGACAAGGAUGCGAGAGCUGCUUUUAUUCGUGAUGAAAUGAUGCCAGGAGAGUGGGAUGUUUGUGUUACUUCUUAUGAGAUGGUAAUUAAAGAAAAAUCUGUAUUCAAAAAGUUUCACUGGCGAUACCUGGUCAUCGAUGAGGCUCACAGAAUAAAGAAUGAAAAAUCUAAGCUUUCAGAGAUUGUUCGUGAGUUCAAGUCAACGAACCGUCUUCUCCUAACUGGAACACCUUUGCAGAAUAACCUACAUGAACUCUGGGCCCUACUCAACUUUCUAUUGCCUGAUGUCUUUAAUUCUGCAGAUGACUUUGAUUCUUGGUUUGACACUAAAAAUUGUCUUGGUGACCAAAAACUUGUGGAAAGACUUCACGCAGUUUUGAAACCAUUUUUGUUACGUCGUAUAAAAACUGAUGUAGAGAAGAGCCUGCCCCCUAAAAAGGAAAUCAAGAUUUACUUGGGACUGAGUAAAAUGCAGCGAGAAUGGUAUACCAAGAUCCUGAUGAAAGAUAUUGAUGUUUUAAACUCUGCUGGCAAAAUGGACAAGAUGCGACUCUUAAACAUUCUGAUGCAGCUUCGAAAGUGUUGUAAUCAUCCUUACCUGUUUGAUGGUGCUGAACCUGGUCCACCCUAUACCACCGAUGAGCACAUCGUUAGCAACAGUGGUAAAAUGGUAGUUCUUGAUAAACUGUUGGCCAAACUUAAAGAACAGGGUUCAAGGGUUCUCAUUUUUAGCCAGAUGACUCGCUUGCUGGACAUUUUGGAGGAUUAUUGUAUGUGGCGUGGUUAUGAGUAUUGUCGACUGGAUGGACAAACCCCACAUGAAGAAAGAGAGGAUAAAUUCCUAGAAGUGGAAUUACUGGGUCAAAGGGAAGCAAUAGAGGCCUUUAAUGUUCCUAAUAGUAGCAAGUUCAUCUUUAUGCUGAGUACCAGGGCUGGAGGCCUCGGAAUUAACUUGGCAAGUGCUGAUGUGGUUAUACUGUAUGAUUCAGACUGGAAUCCACAGGUUGACCUGCAAGCUAUGGAUCGGGCACAUCGUAUCGGUCAGAAGAAGCCAGUACGUGUGUUUCGUCUCAUUACGGACAACACUGUUGAAGAAAGGAUUGUUGAGAGAGCUGAGAUAAAACUGAGACUUGACUCGAUUGUCAUACAGCAAGGAAGACUCAUUGACCAGCAGUCUAACAAGAUGGCAAAAGAGGAAAUGUUGCAAAUGAUACGUCAUGGAGCCACCCAUGUUUUUGCUUCUAAAGAAAGUGAGCUGACAGAUGAAGAUAUCACAACUCUUCUGGAAAGAGGGGAAAAGAAGACUGCAGAGAUGAAUGAACGCUUGCAGAAAAUGGGAGAGUCUUCUCUGAGAAAUUUUAGAAUGGACACUGAACAAAGUUUGUACAAGUUUGAAGGAGAAGAUUAUAGAGAAAAACAGAAGCUUGGAAUGGUGGAAUGGAUUGAACCUCCCAAACGAGAACGCAAAGCGAACUAUGCAGUGGACGCCUACUUCAGAGAGGCAUUACGUGUCAGCGAGCCAAAGAUUCCAAAGGCUCCACGACCUCCAAAACAGCCAAAUGUUCAGGAUUUUCAAUUUUUCCCACCACGCUUAUUUGAGCUCCUUGAAAAGGAAAUUCUUUACUAUAGGAAGACAAUAGGCUAUAAGGUCCCACGGAAUCCUGAUAUCCCAAAUCCAGCUGUGGCUCAAAGAGAGGAGCAGAAAAAGAUUGAUGGAGCUGAACCUCUUACACCGGAAGAGACUGAAGAAAAGGAAAAACUUCUCACACAAGGAUUCACAAACUGGACUAAGCGAGAUUUUAACCAGUUUAUUAAAGCUAAUGAGAAGUAUGGAAGAGAUGACAUUGAUAACAUAGCUCGAGAGGUGGAAGGCAAAUCCCCUGAGGAGGUCAUGGAGUAUUCAGCUGUAUUUUGGGAACGUUGCAAUGAAUUACAGGACAUUGAGAAAAUUAUGGCUCAAAUUGAACGUGGAGAAGCAAGAAUUCAACGAAGGAUCAGUAUCAAGAAAGCCCUGGAUGCCAAAAUAGCAAGAUACAAGGCUCCAUUUCAUCAGUUACGUAUUCAGUAUGGAACCAGCAAAGGAAAGAACUAUACUGAGGAAGAAGAUAGAUUCUUGAUUUGUAUGUUACACAAAAUGGGCUUUGAUAGAGAAAACGUGUAUGAAGAAUUAAGACAGUGUGUUCGGAAUGCUCCUCAGUUUAGAUUUGACUGGUUUAUCAAGUCUAGAACUGCCAUGGAAUUCCAGAGACGCUGUAAUACUCUGAUUUCAUUGAUUGAGAAAGAAAAUAUGGAAAUUGAGGAAAGAGAGAGAGCAGAAAAGAAGAAACGGGCAACUAAAACUCCAAUGAUUUAACAUUGUUGGGCCAUUUAAAAAUGUGCAUAUUGGAGCAGAACAUUAAAUCUGUUUCCAUUUUAGUCACAGAAAAGAAAAGCAGAGUCAGCUACUGAGAGCUCUGGAAAGAAGGAUGUCAAGAAGGUGAAAUCCUAAAGCCUAGAAAUAAAGUUUUAAAUGGGAAACUGCUAUUUUCUUGUUCCCAUCUUCAAAUGCUAAUUGCCAGUUCCAGUGUAUUCAUGGUACUCUAAGAAAAAUCUCUUUGGUUUUGAUUUCUUGCAUAUUUUAUAUAUUUUACAAUGCUUUCUACCUGAAAUGUGUAGCUUUAUAUUUUAUGCAUUCUAGUAUUUUUGUGUACUGUAUUUUGUGCAUUUCAUGUCUUCAUCAAAAUCCUCUCAGUCCUUGUUCUUUUGAAGCUUGUGCUGAGGUUUUAGCUUUUCUAUGUUUUAUAUGCCGCUGCUUUGAAAGAGAACCUAGAUUCUAUAGCUGUAUUAUUGUUGUUUCAUACUUUAAAUUUAUAUGGCUGUGGAAAAAUGAAUUAAAAUGAUUUGAGGAGAAAGACUUUUUCACUUCUUUGUUGCUUUCUUUUCUAUUGAGUAUGGGCUUGUACGUGUUACUGCAUACUGUGAUUAGCAUAAUAAUUGUUUCUUUGAGGUCAUCUAAAUAUUUUUUCCUAAAGGAAUAAAGGGUGAGAACAGAAAAAUAUUAAAAAAAAAAAAACUAAUAUUUGAUACUGUGCUUGCUGUCAGUAUGCAUUACAUUUAAAUUAUUCUCUAAAUAUUCAAGUGGGAAAAUAUAAUAAAGAAACGUCUAUAAGAAA